AUGGUGAACCUCCAAACCAUUCAAGCCCAUAAUGCGACUCUCAAAUCACUAGCCCCAGGUCUCGUCGCGGUGUUCGUCGGCGGCACCUCCGGCAUCUCCCUCUCCACGGCCCUCGCCUUGGCUCGUCACACCCUCUCUCCCAAAAUCUACCUCAUCGGCCGCAGCCAGUCCGCCGCCGACGACGCCAUCGCCUCCAUGAAGACCAUAAACCCCUCCGCCCAACCGACCUUUCUCCAGACCGACAUAUCCCUCCUCAAAAACGUCGACAGCGUGUGCGACGAGAUCGCAGCUAAAGAAAACAAGCUAAACCUGCUCUUUAUGACACCAGGGUAUAUGACGCUGAAAGGCCGGGAUGAGACGGCGGAAGGCUUGGACCGCAAAUUCGUGCUGCAUUACUACGCACGGAUGCGAUUCGUCACCAAGUUGCUCCCCCUCUUGACCGCAGCCGCAGAAGACCCAUCUGUCAACGCCAACGCCAGACUAUCCCGCGUAGUCUCCGUCCUAGACCCACAGGUCUCCGUCCGCACCGGCGGCUCAGGUAGGCUCGACUUCUCAGACCUCAGUCUCAAGCACACCUUUAGCCUCCAGACGUGCCAAGCGCACGCCAGCCUAAUGGGCGAUUUUUUCCUAGAGGGAAUGGCGCAGCGACACCCGCAUACUAGCUUUGUCCACGCGUACCCCUCUGGCGUGGCCACAGGUCUGAUGCGUGAACUGCCGGUUGGACGCGUGCUGUCGUCUGUGCUAGGGACGCUGUUGAGUCCAUUUAUAGUUCCGAUUCAGGAGAGUGGGGAGAGGCAUUUGUUUGCGGCAACGAGUGGGAGAUUUCCACCGAAAGCCGAGGGGGCGAAGAUGGAGGGGGAUGUCGCGGUUGGCAGUGAUGGGACGAAGGGGAGUGGUUGUUACUGGGUGAAUUGGGACGGGGAGGUGUUCCCGGCGAACAAGAAAUUAGGGAGGACGAGGGGGGAGGGCGCGGUGGAGAAGGUGUUGCAGCAUACCGACGACGCGUUUAAGCAGAUCGAGAGGCAUGCGGCUGCCGACCUUGAAGAAGUCGGUGCGUUCAGGGCCCAGGAAGACUGGCGCCGCUUGUACCGGAAUGUCUCCCGGUUGGAGAUUACCAGUUAUGCGCUUGAAUUUGGUUUCAUCCAUGACGAUAUCAUCGAUAAAGAAAUCCAAGACGCAAACCUGGAGGAGGUAGAGCAGGCCUUGGAAAAAGGCGGACAGACUAGCAAGAUCGAAGAGAAAGGUGGCUCCUCUGGAAAGCGUAGAAUCGUUGCCCAGAUUCUCCGCGAGAUGAUGGCAAUCGACCCCGAGAGAGCAACGGUUGUCACCAAGAGCUGGGCCGCUGGUGUUCAACAUUCGAGUACCCGGCAGGAUGACAAGCAAUUCAAUACUCUCGAGGAGUACAUCCCGUACAGGUGCUUUGAUGUGGGAUACGGGCUCUGGCACGGCCUUGUCGCGUUGAGCUGCGCUAUUACCAUCCCCGAGGAAGAGGCCGAUGAGGCGAGGGAGCUUCUCAUGCCUGCUGGAAAUUCUAGCCUGCAUAAGUGCAUAUGCAUGUGA